GGAGAGAGAGAGAGGGCGGACCGAUACUGAUACAAGGAGCUCGAGUAAUUGCCCCCAGCCCCAGAAAGCAACCUCUACCAGCAAGGGCACCUAGGGCUUUUUGGCACGAUGCAGGAAGAGAGAGAAGAAAGGGAGAGAGUGAAAUUGCGAGGCAGGGAAACAAACUGAGGCGAGUGAGAUAGCUCGAUCGGUCGCAAGACUCUCGAAGCUGAAGGUGGUGGCUGGACGUGAUCGCUCUAUUUGUUUUCUCCUUUUUGCGCUCAACGAGGUUAACAGUGAGUAUUAUUGAAGACUCCUGGAGUUGGGGAAACAGUGAGUAUUAUUGAAGACUCCUGGAGUUGGGGAUCCACUGACAUGACCUCGUAGUGAAACUUGUGUUAAGGUUUAUGUGUUACUUAAGGUCAAGGCUUGCGUUUCAAGGCUGAUGCCACUCUUGAGAGGGUGUGUGACAAAGAGAGAUAGAGAGUAGGAGAAAAGAGAGUAGAGAGGAGCAGAUAUCUACUAAGAGAUUGAGAGUGGUCAACAGAGAAAGAGGAGUAAAGCUGUAAAGGUGCUGCUGAUAUGAGAGUUGUCGAUACACAUGGGAUUUGAGUCAGCUAGCACUUCCCAGGAUGGUCGUGAUGAAGAUGAUGAGGACGAGUAUGAGGAGUCAGGUGGGGGUAACCGCCUUCUGGGAUUCAUGUUCGGGAAUGUUGAUGACUCGGGUGAUCUCGAUGUUGAUUAUCUUGAUGAGGAUGCCAAAGAACAUCUUGGUGCAUUGGUUGACAAGCUUGGUCCAUCACUGGCUGAUAUAGAUGUAAGGAAACUGCAUUAUGUAAUUGAUCUACAGUUGUCGGUGAAAUCACCUCGCACUCCUGCUGAUACUGCCGAGCAAGAUUAUGAUGAGAAAGCGGAAGAUGCCGUUGACUAUGAAGACAUUGAUGAACAGUAUGAGGGACCGGAGAUUCAAGCUACUUCUGAGGAGGAUCUUUUGUUGCCCAAAAAGGAUUAUUUUUCUACCGAACUUUCAGUGGCUACUUUGGAGCAGAAAACUUCAGUGUUUGAUGAUGAAAAUUAUGAUGAUGAAGAAGAAAUUGAGAAAGAACGUGAUUUGGAUACCAAUGGUGAAAUUCAAAAUAUGUCGUCUGAUUUACCACACGAUCCAUGCAAGCACGGUGAUACUUCUGCUGUACUUUCUGAAGAAGAGGAAGAUACUGGGGUUGACCAACUGGUUGUCUCUCCCGAGGAGGAGAAAUCGGCUGAUGAUAUGGAAGAUUAUGAGGAAGAUGCUGAAUUGCUGGAGAAUCUGCUUGAUGAUAAUAGUUCUACACAGCUACCAAUUUUGUGUGUGGAAGGUGGGGCAGUCAUCCUACGUUUUUCUGAAAUUUUUGGUAACUAUGAACCAUUAAGGAAAAGAGAGAAGGACAAGAAGUAUACAGUUCCUAGAGAAAAAUAUAAGACUGCCGAUUCUUCUCUUAUAGUUGAAGAUGAUGAAGAGGAGUUCCUGAGGGGUACUUUUCAAGGCUUUUCUUUCACGAAGCAAGCACCCACAACUCAAGAUAAUGUUUCAGGGACAGUGGAAGAGGAACUAGAAUCAGAAAAAUUCAGUUUUGUCCAAGAGCCUUCCGUGAUUGCUUCACAAGUUAAUGAGAAAAGGCCAGACUCUUAUCUUAGUGCUGAAGCAAUGAAAAUGGAUGCAGCAUUGAAUCUUUCUACACAAUGGUGUCGUCCUUUAUCCCCUGAACUUUAUCCUUUUGAUCAGCAAAACUGGGAAGAUCAAAUUAUCUGGGACAGUUCUCCUGCAAAAAGUGACAAUGCUGCAGAAAGUUGCGAGGCCCCUGGACCUGACACUGAAGAUUUAUUUACCAUACAAACAGAACUGGAAGCCCAGCAACACAAUCUUCGGGAGCUGCAGAUGGAAUCUGAUGAGAGAGAUCAUGGGUUUUUUCUUCAGAGCUGCCCCGUUUUGGUGGAGUCUUUUGGCUUAGAAAAAUUUUCAGAUCUCACAGAUCAACCCUCAUCAGAAAGCAGAUUUCAUCCCCAACUCUUGAGGUUGGAAUCACGAUCAGAACUUCCAAAUGAGUUAGAAGGUAGAACAGAUGAUGCCACUAAGGAGAUCCAUCAAAGUGAUACUAUGAAGCGUUUUAGCAAACUCAUAUUACAAAACAGAGACUUAGUGGAAGGAACUUGGUUAGACAGAAUUAUUUGGGAACCACACCAGUCCAUGACAAAACCAAAGCUAAUCCUUGAUCUUCAAGAUGAACAGAUGCUUUUUGAAAUAUUAGAUAACAAAGAUAGUAAACAACUUCGUCUUCAUGCUGGGGCUAUGUUCAUAACUCGUUCUAUGAAGUCCAAUGGUGGAGAUUCUAUGGAGGUCCAUGGCCAUGGAGUUGCAUCUGGUGUUCGAUUCAACAUUGCUAAUGACAAAUUCUACUCAAAUAGAAAAAUCUCUCAGCAACUGAAAUCACAUUCUAAAAAACGAGCUGCCCAUGGUGUCAAAGUCUUGCAUUCAACACCUGCACUCAAGCUGCAGACAAUGAAACCAAAAUUAAGCAAUAAAGAUGUUGCUAACUUUCAUCGUCCAAAAUCUUUAUGGUAUCCACAUGAUAAUGAGGUGGCCCUCAAAGAGCAAGGGAAACUACCUACCCAAGGACCUAUGAAAAUUAUAUUGAAGAGUUUGGGGGGAAAGGGAAGUAAGCUUCAUGUGGAUGCUGAGGAGACCAUUUCUUCUGUCAAAGCAAAAGCUUCAAAAAAACUAGAUUUUAAACCAUUGGAACCAGUGAAAAUAUUUUAUUGUGGACGAGAGCUUAAAGAUCACAAAUCCCUUGCUGCGCAAGAUGUUCGACCAAACUCAUUGCUUCAUCUUGUUCGUACAAAAAUACAUUUGUUGCCUAGAGCACAAAAGGUACCUGGUGAAAAUAAGUCUUUGCGGCCUCCUGGUGCAUUUAAAAAGAAAUCUGAUCUUUCAUUGAAAGAUGGACAUGUCUUCUUAAUGGAGUACUGUGAAGAAAGGCCUCUACUCCUGGGGAAUAUUGGCAUGGGUGCUAGACUAUGCACUUACUAUCAGAAGUCUGGUCCAGGUGAUCAAACUGGGACCUUGUUGCGUAAUGGAAACAAUAGUUUGGGGAAUGUUCUCACACUUGACCCUGCUGAUAAAUCUCCUUUUCUUGGGGAUAUUAAAGCUGGCUGCAGCCAAUCAUGUCUUGAAACUAACAUGUAUAGGGCACCAAUAUUUCCUCAUAAGGUGUCAUCGACUGAUUAUUUGUUGGUUCGCUCUGCAAAAGGAAAACUUUCAAUAAGACGGAUUGACAGGCUCAAUGUUGUUGGACAGGAGGAGCCUCACAUGGAGGUAAUGUCUUCUGGAACAAAAGCUGUCCAAACCUACAUUAUGAAUAGACUUCUGGUCUAUAUGUAUCGCGAGUUCCGUGCUGUUGAGAAACGUGGUUCACUUCCUUGCAUCCGUGCUGAUGAGUUGUCUGCACAGUUCCCUGCCUCAUCUGAACCCUUCCUUAGGAAAAGGUUGAAGCAUUGCGCUGACUUGCAGAGAGGAACCAACGGACAACUAUUUUGGGUCAUGAGACGUAAUUUCCGCAUACCACUGGAGGAGGAACUUCGAAGGAUGGUGACACCUGAAAAUGUCUGUGCCUAUGAAAGUAUGCAAGCUGGACUCUACAGGCUCAAACGAUUAGGAAUUAUGAGGCUUACACAUCCCACUGGUCUCUCAUCUGCAAUGAAUCAGCUCCCUGAUGAAGCAAUUGCGUUAGCUGCUGCAUCACAUAUAGAGAGGGAACUGCAGAUAACACCAUGGAACUUGAGUAGCAAUUUUGUUGCUUGUACAAGUCAGGACAGAGAAAAUAUUGAGCGUUUGGAAAUUACUGGUGUUGGUGAUCCAUCUGGAAGGGGCCUGGGUUUCAGCUACGUCCGCACUGCUCCAAAGGCACCAAUAUCAAAUGCACUGACAAAGAAAAAAACUGCUGUUAGUCGGGGAAGUUCAACUGUGACGGGAACAGAUGCUGAUCUUCGUAGAUUGAGUAUGGAAGCUGCACGAGAGGUUCUCCUCAAGUUCAAUGUACCAGAGGAACAAAUUGCAAAACAAACUAGGUGGCAUCGAAUUGCUAUGAUUCGGAAGCUUUCAAGUGAGCAAGCUGAAUCUGGCAUCAAGGUUGACCCAACAACAAUAAGCAAGUAUGCACGUGGACAGCGUAUGUCCUUUCUCCAGCUUCAGCAACAGACGAGAGAAAAAUGUCAGGAAAUAUGGGAUCGGCAAGUUCAAAGUCUUUCUGCUGUUGAUGGUGAUGAAUAUGAGAGUGAGUCUGAAGCAAAUAGUGACCUGGAUUCUUUUGCUGGGGACCUAGAAAAUUUGCUGGAUGCAGAAGAAUGUGAAGAAGGGGAGGGUAACUAUGAAUCCAAGCAUGAAAAAUUAGAUGGCAUGAAAGGGCUUAAAAUGAGAAGGCGCCCAUUGCAAGCUCAGGCGGAAGAAGAAAUUGAAGAUGAGGCUGCUGAAGCAGCAGAACUAUGCAGGAUGCUUAUGGACGAUGAUGAAGCUGAGCGAAAAAAGAAGAAAAAGCCAAGAGCUGCAGGGGAGGGAUUGGGACUUGUGGAUUCACACUUGAGUCUCAGUUACAAUAAUGCAGAACGGGUCAAGAAAACUAGUACAGUGGCUAAGAAAAUGGCGAGGACUGGCCAACCUGAUGAAUCUUAUACAUCAAAAGAAAAUAUAAUUUGGAAUCCAAAGAAGGAGGAAAAGCUUCUCGGUAAGAAGAACUUGUCUGGAAAGGCAAAAGUUAUGAAAAAGAAUGACCUAGAAAGCAUGGGCUUACUUAACAAGAAAGUUAAAAUAUUGGGGGAUGGAAUUAAGUUUGUCAAGGAAAAGAAAUCUGCUAGAGAAAAGUUUGUCUGUGGAGCUUGUGGACAGCUUGGGCACAUGAGGACCAACAAGAAUUGCCCGAAGUAUGGAGAAGAUCUAGAUACACAAGUUGAAGGUACAGAACCAGAUAAGGCAUCCACAAGGGCUAAUUCCUCAGAUCGCCUGGGUCAAACUCAGCAGAAAACUGUGACAAAGAAGCCUGUACCAAAAGGUGCAACUAAAAUGGCUCUCCUUGAAGUUCCUGAGGAGGAUAAAUCUAGUUCGAAGACAAAAGUUCUGAAGGUCAAAUGUGGCACCACUGACAAAGUUCCUGAUAGACUUACUCCUACAGCCUCGCAAAGUUCUGAAAGACCAGUGACAUCAGAUGUAGAAGUUGGGAAUAAACCGGCCGUUAAGGUUAACAAGAUAAUAUUCUCAAACAAGAUGAAAUCCGAUGAUGCCCCUGUUGAAUCUCACAAACCCUCUAUUGUGAUAAAGCCUCCAGUAGAGACAGAAAAAGACUUGCCCCGGAAGAAGAUUAUUAUUAAACGCCCAAAGGAUACUAUUAAUGUUGACCAGGAUAGCAGGGAUGGCGAAGCUGGUCUUGAGUACAGGAAGAUGAAGAAAAUUAUUGAAUUGUCCACUCUUGCGGAGCAUCAAAGCAAACGCUUACCUGAAGAGAGCUCCAGUAAAAAAAGUAGAGAGGAUAAAAGAUGGUGGGAAGAGGAAGAGAAACGUAGAAAUGCAGAGAGUGAAAGAGAAGAGAGGUCCAGGAGAUUGUAUGAACAAAGUAGGAUACUGGAAGAGCAAGAGAGGUUAGCUGAGCUCAGGAGAUAUGAAGAAGCCCUAAGAGGAGAGAGGGAGGAAGAAGAACGACAGAGGGCAAAGAAAAAGAAAAAGAAAAGACCUGAAAUAAGAGAUGAAUCAGAUGAUUAUACAAAUGACUUUCGUCCCAGAAGAACUGAUAGGAGGCUACCAGAAAGAGAACGAACAGCAAAGAGGCAGCCAAUAGUUGAAUUGGGAAGGUAUGGUGCAGAGUAUGCUCCACCAAAAAAACGCCGUAGGGUGGGAGAGGUUGGUUUGGCAAACAUCUUAGAGGGCAUCGUGGAAACCCUGAAGGAGAAGUAUGACAUAUCCUACCUCUUCUUAAAACCGGUGUCCAAGAAGGAGGCCCCGGACUACUUGGACGUCAUAAGGCGCCCCAUGGAUCUGUCGACAAUCAGGGAGAAGGUGAGGAAGUUCGAGUACAAGAGCCGGGAGGAAUUCAGGCACGAUGUUUGGCAGAUCACCUUCAAUGCUCAUAUAUACAAUGACAAGCGAAACCCAGGUAUUCCCCCCCUUGCAGAUCAGCUCCUGGAAAUCUGUGACUUUUUGUUAGAUGAGAAUGCUGCAGAGUUGAUGGAAGCUGAAGCUGGAAUUGAGUAGAGGGGGGGGAAGUUCACUGGAAAGAAAGAAUAGAAUGUUGUCAAUUACAUCCUUCCUUCCCCCCAUUUGUUUCUUCAUCUUCUCUUCUCGUUUCUCUCUCUUCUCCUGUUGUUUGUAUGUAAUAUUCCUCCUCUUGCGAUGGUUGCAUCGACAUUUCUUCUGUAUCUUAUAUUUCUUCCUGCCUAAUAUACAAUUGAUCACAGAAAUAAUCAAUUGAGCUCCCAAGGAUCCAGCCCCCUAUACGAGCUA